ACGUUUGCCUGGAGUCAUGUGAAAUGAAUAUUUUCCUCUUUGCUCAAAUCCCAGUGAUAUCUUUCUCUCUAAAAGACUAGAAUGCGCUUUCCAAAGAUGUUGACUGGUAAUGGCAGAUCGUCGACGGUGGGGGUUUGUUUAUAUACAAGGUGCUGACAGUACACUGUUGUAAUACGGUAGGUUUUUAAAGCGUAACAGUUGCAAUGAAGAAAGAAAAGACAGCCGACAAAUCAAGACCAUUCAAAUUAGCUCAUCAAAUUGUAAGCCUUACAGGUAUCAACUUCCAGAGACAAAGUAUUAUUGGAUUUUCGGAACUGACCAUAGUUCCAUCGAAAGAUAAUUUAAAGCAUAUUAAACUGAAUGCAAAACAAUGUCGCAUUUAUCGCGUCCUCUUGAACGAUUCCUUUGAAGCCCCUUUCCAGUAUUUUGAUCCGUUUUUGGAUAUUUGUCAGGGGGAUUCUAAGCAGAGAAGCCUGGAAUAUUUUUCUACUGCUCACCUGGCAGCUGCACAACAGAUUGAUCCUGAUAACAAUGCUGGUGAACUUAUUAUUAGUAUCCCUCCAGAGGCUAGUCAGUUGGUUGGUGAAGGGAGAGGCCUUAGGGUUGGCAUUGAGUUUUCUCUGGAACAGCCACAGGGUGGAGUACAUUUCGUCAUCCCGGACACUGAAGGAACAUUGGCAGAGCGAGCAGCUCAUAUGUUCACAUAUGGACAUGAGAAUUCAUCCCGUUUGUGGUUUCCCUGUGUUGAUAGUUAUGCAGAACCUUGCACUUGGAAACUAGAAUUCACAGUUGAUGAAAGUAUGACUGCAGUAUCAUGUGGUGAUCUUAUUGAAGUUGUAUACACACCAGACAUGCGGCGGAAGACAUUUCACUAUGUACUGUCCACUCCAGCUUGUGCACCCAACAUUGCACUUGCUGUAGGGCCAUUUGAAAUAUUUGUUGACCCCUACAUGCAUGAGGUUACACACUUCUGUUUACCUCAGCUGAUGCCCUCGCUGAAAGUUUCAGCAAGAUACAUGCAUGAAGCAUUUGAAUUUUAUGAGGAAACACUGGCUAAUCGUUACCCAUAUUCAUGUUACAAGCAAGUGUUUGUUGAUGAAGUUGAUCAAGAUGUUUCUGCAUAUGCUACAAUGAGUAUAUUGAGUACAAAUUUACUUCAUUCACCUGCAAUCAUAGAUCAAACAUAUAUUACCCGUAAGGCUAUGGCGCAAGCUAUAGCAGAGCAAUUCUUUGGGUGCUUUAUUUCAAUGCAAAAUUGGUCUGACACUUGGUUGCCAAAAGGCGUAUCCACUUACUUAUGCAGCCUUUACGCAAAAAAGUGUUUUGGAAACAAUGAAUAUAGAGAAUGGAUACAGUCUGAGCUGCAAGAAGUUGUAAAGUAUGAGGAGAACUAUGGAGGCAUUGUGCUUGACCCAAGUCAGGCUCCAGCUCCCAUUCCAUCAGUUGUUACUUCUCCAGCACCACCAGUUCGGACAUUAAACAGUGAUCAGGGCUUUUAUUUUCCCAUUCGUAAUCUACAUACCAUGUCUCCAAGAUAUCUUGAAGUUCUGCGCAAGAAAGCACAUCUUGUCAUGAGGAUGCUUGAACAUCGUAUUGGGCAGGAACUCCUUUUGCAGGUCUUCAAUAAGCAGCUCUCUCUUGCAUCAAAUGCAGCACAACAAAAAAUUGGAAGUGGUCUUUGGAGUCAUAUGCUCAUUAGCACAAAUGUUUUUGCAAAAGCUAUUUUUACAGUAACAGGGAAGGAUAUGGCUGUGUUCAUUGACCAGUGGGUUCGCACAGGGGGUCAUGCUAAAUUCAGUCUCAGCUUUGUCUUCAAUAGAAAAAGGAAUACAGUGGAAUUGGAAAUAAGACAAGAUUCGACACAGCAGCGUGGUAUAAGGAAGUAUGUGGGUCCACUGUUAGUUACAAUUCAGGAACUUGAUGGGACUUUCCGUCAUACAUUGCAAGUUGAAGGAACUGUAGCUAAGGCUGAUAUCACUUGUCACUCAAAGAGUCGAAGGAAUAAGAAGAAGAAGAUACCACUUGUUACAGGAGAGGAGGUUGACAUGGAUCUCAGUGCAAUGGAUGCUGACUCACCUGUGUUGUGGAUAAGACUGGAUCCAGACAUGACACUGUUGCGCUCUUGUGCAAUAGAACAGCCAGAUUACCAGUGGCAGUACCAACUCCGCCAUGAAAGAGAUGUUACUGCACAGAUAGAAGCUAUAGCAGCUCUAGAAAGAUUUCCCACUCCUCCUACUCGUCUCGCUCUCACAGAUACUAUAGAAAAUGAACAGACAUAUUAUAAAGUACGUUGCCGUGCAGCACAUUGCCUUACAAAGGUUGCAAAUGCUAUGGUGGCUAACUGGGCUGGUCCUCCAGCAAUGUUGGCAAUAUUCCGUAAACUAUUUGGAUCGUUUUCAUGUCCACACAUCAUCCGGCAAAAUAAUUUUGCAAAUCUACAGCACUACUUUCUACAAAAGACAAUACCAGUGGCAAUGGCUGGACUACGAAAUGCUCAUGGCAUUUGCCCACCUGAUGUCAUUCGUUUUCUCUUGGAUCUAUUUAAGUACAAUGAUAACAGCAAAAACCGUUACUCAGACAAUUAUUACAGAGCUGCACUGGUAGAAGCUUUAGGAGCUACAGUCACACCUGUUAUAUCAGUUGUUCAACAAGGAGCUCCAAUUACAGCUGAUUCACUUUCUUCAGAUACUAAACUUGUUUUGGAGGAGGUUACAAGAUGUUUGAAUCUUGAGAAACUUCUGCCAUGUUAUAAAUAUACUGUGACAGUUGCCUGCCUUCGUGCUAUUAGAAAACUGCAAAAAUUUGGACAUCUGCCCAGUAAUCCCUCACUCUUUCGAAGCUAUGCUGCAUAUGGUCAGUUUAUUGAUGUUAGGUUAGCUGCAUUGGAUGCUCUGGUAGACUUCACUCGUGUUGAUGGACGAUGGGAAGAUCUAGUGUUCCUUCUCGACAUGAUUGAGAAUGACCCAGAUCCUGCUGUUCGCCAUCAGUUAGUUAGGAUGUUAGCUGAGAAUCCACCCUUUGAUCGUGCUCAUAGGCAUAGGCUUGAUAAGGAAGAACUUGUUGAGAGAUUGUGGACACUAAUGAAUUGCAUGCUGUCACAUGAUUCAAAACUGCGGUGUGAUAUUGUGGACCUUUAUUACACUCUUUAUGGAACUCGUCGGCCUGUGUGCCUGCCCAUACCUGAGCUUGCCUCGGUCCUCACAGUAAAGCCUGAAAAAAAAAGUAGUCCUGUUAUGGAGAAAGAGGUAAAACUACCGAUACAGACUGUACCAUUUGUGAUGGGAGGUGUACUAGAAACACCACACCCUACUGGAGUGAAACGCAAAAGUUCAUCUCCUAUGAGAGAAACAGAGGUAUUGACAGAUGAUAAUCUUGGAUUGGUCACUGUAGAAAUUGUUUCUGGAGAAGAAGGGAGCAAAGUUCGAGUGAAGGAGUCGACACCGGUACCAAAUGCUCCAGUACCUGGUACAUCUAGAGCAUCAGUGCCAGCACCGGGGCAAGAUUCAGUCCAAGAAGGAGAAGUGAAAACAGAAUAUUUCUCAGAUAACUCACAAUCUCUUCCUGGCAUCAUGGGAACCCAAGGACCAGUUGGAUUUGAACCAGGGAUGUUCCGGAAGGAAGGAACAGAAGGUGAAAGCAAGCAUCAUAAAUCGGAUGCUGUGUCUAAGCUUAAGAAGAAGAAGAAAGACAAGAAAAAGCAUAAGCAUAAACAUAAACACAAACAUGAUCAUAAACAUGGAAAAGAGAAGGAUAAAGAUAAAGAUAAAGAUAAGGACAAAGACAAGGAGAAAGACAAAGACAAAGAUAAGGAUAAGGAUAAGGAAAAAGAAAAGGAAAAAGAAAAGGAUUCCAAAGAAAAGAAAGAACCUAGCAAACUGAAAGUUAAAGAAGAGACACUAAGUUCAGGAAGUUCAAGUCCCAGUCCUUCUGCAUCAGCAUCACGUGAAUUCACCUUCUGAAAGCAUAAUAUUUACAUUUAUACAGCUCUGAUUUGCAAUCUAUGUUUCUCUUUGUCUCACAGUUGUAAAGAGGUGUCUCCAGGCGUCUAAAGCAAAUGUAAGAAUUCUUUUAGUACCAAAGUUUUGGACUGUAACUGUAUAAGAUGCAGCGUUUCUUUUUUUGUUUGUUAUUGUACGUACUGAAUAAACAGAAUUUUAUCUA